AUGGAGAAGCUAAGGUCAUCAUGCUAUAUAGCUGCUAAAGGACAAUUUCCGUGUUCGGUAUGUGGCAAAGUGUUUUGUCAUUCGUCAUCGUUAAGUCGACAUCGAAUGCAAGCACACUUCAAAUGUUAUACUUGUACUCAGUGUAAUCAAGAAAUAUCCAGCAAUGAAACAUUACGUUCUCAUAUGUUUCGUAUCCACUCGAUCUCACGUAUGUUUAUGUGUCGUUGUUGCAAUUGGGCAUUCCCGGACAAGACUAGCUUACAUAUUCAUAUGCAAAGUAUGUUACGUAACGGUACACCCGGCGAUGUGUCUGUAUUGGCUAGGAGUUCUACGGAAGGUCCCGGAAUGGCAGGAGUUGUGGGAGAGUUGUCACCACACGAGAUGGACUCGAGUAGCGCCUCAUCGUCGAGUCCAGCUGAAGGAGGUCGUGACAGUGUUUCACCGUCCCUCCUCGACACGUGCUCACCAAUGAAAGCCACAACACCGACGCAUGCCAACCAUCAUCUGUUGAACGGUUCCAUUUUUCCAACGCUCAACAACACCGAAACACUGCUGACGAAACUACGAUCAAAGGUGGAUUCUCUUCUACCACAAACGGGUAACGAGCAAAACGCAAACGCGACCGCUCACCAGCAGAGUGCAAAUCAUCACUGGCUUGCUGCAUGGCUAGCCAAUAAUCCUUUCGCGAGUCAGCUCAAUUUAGCAACCAUUCAGGCGCAUUUAUUAAGUGGUAAUUUCGUGAUUAAUUGUCAUAUUAUGUGGAUUCUCUUCUACCACAAACGGGUAACGAGCAAAACGCAAACGCGACCGCUCACCAGCANUUCGACGGGUCGGCGAUCGGUCGUCGAUUCGAUUCGACGGGUCGGCGAUCGGUCGUCGAUUCGAUUCGACGGAUGGAUGCAUGGAUCUGAUUACGAACAAGCGUUUGCAGGUGGAAGUCAAGAAUCACUACAGCUGGAAGGGCAAGGAACCGGGGCUGUGGGUGGUGGUGGUGCUGCUGAGCACAAGAAUGUGAUCUCAACGGAUACGGACGAAGACGGUGACGGCGGGCACGACAUCAAAAUGCGAAUGCCUGCUGCUGCCGCUACUCGCAAACCUGAAGAAAGCAUUUUGAAAGAUGACGACGACGAUCAAAUGACCGAAGAAGAUACCACUGCACAUAAUAAUAAUAAUAAUAAUACAAUGGCUGGUGGUGGGCUCGUUGUUCGAUGCAAAACUGAACCAACAGCAGCAGCAGCAGCAACACCAACUGAUUUAAAUGCUAGUCUCAAAUCAGCGAAUGAGAAAAGUCUUCUAUCGAGUAUUAUUCCGCCCGCAUCACUUGAUUAUUUCAACAAAAUUCUCUUCAACGAUACCAACAAUACGACGACUAAUCAUAAUGGGCUGACCACGAGCACGAACAAUAUUAUGACUGCGAAUCGUCAAAAUCACGUUGCGGUUGCAACCUCAACAACACCAGAAAGCAAAAGCAACAGCAGCAGCAGCACAGCGUCGUUGUUAAACGGAACGGGAACGAUGAAUUCUUCACUGGAUAGUUUGCUGGAGAAGAAGGGUUUGAGUGUGGUGUCACGUUCGUUUAAUCGUAACAAACGAAAAGCCACAAAACCACAACAAUUGGCCAGUUAUACGCUGUUGAAGAAUUUGAAUAACACUAAUGAGGAAGAGCACGAUAAUGAUAAUGAGACGACAACGCAAUCUUAUUUGGGACCACCGGAAAAGAUGUCUGCAAAAGGAAAGCAACAGCAACAGCAGCAGCUGCCAGUGAUAGGAGAAACAGCAACAGCAACAGCCACAUCGAACGGCAACAGCAACGCGACAGCAACAGCAACAGCAACAGCGACAAUAAUAGCAACAAGUUGUUGCAACAGCAUCAAAUCAGACUUAGUGCAAUCGUGCAGUCAACGAAAUGACGAGACGACAUCAAAACGCGAUGUUUUCAAAGAGAAUGGUGUUGGAGAUAUAGGAGGCGUUGAUAAUAGUAAUAGUAAUCAAGCAGUAGCCACAGAUACUAAUGGGCAUUCGAGUGGCGGUGGUUGUGGUCGAUUGUCCGUAUCGACGUCGCAUAAUAGUGCUGAGAAUGGUGACGAUUCAACAGCAACAUGUUCAUCACAACAUAAAUGUUUCGAUUGCCAGGUGAUAAAAGCAAAAUUGGGUAUGUCAGAAACAAGGAAUCGUUUCUUGGAGUCGAAAGUGGUGAGUGAUGAGUCGAAAUUGAGUCGACUGAACGGGCAAAUCAACGAACUGCAAUCGACGAUCGCUCAGUACGAACGUGAUCAACGUGAUCUUCGACAUCAUAUUGAAAAAUUUGAAAGUAAAUUACUGGAGUGUCAGGAACGGGCAGUGGCAGCAUUAGGUUUGCUACAUAAAGGACCAGAAUCGUUGCCGGCAGUGAAGUUAUUGAUGGAGAACCUUUUGGAAUGUACCAAUUUGACAUUUAGAAGUGGUAAGACGUGCUGA